AUGGCGCCAGGAGAGGUGGCUUUUGCCAUCACUCUAUUAAUAUUCAAGAUUUCAAGAAAAAAAUUUAAAAUUAAAAGCAUGUCAACUGAUUUUGAAGCAUGCUCAGUUGAUUUAAAUGCUGCUGUUGCAUGGGCCAUUAGAGAGCAACGUUUACAUCUUGGGAGUAAAUACUUGAAAAAGGAGAUGGAAUUCAAUAUUAAAAUUGAUGGGCGCCCUCUUGGAGGUAGAAACCAAGUUUCUGUAGGUAUUGUACCRAUUGGGCUUAAAGRGAAAAGCUCAGAAAGUGCCCUAUCAGUAWUUCCAGUUGCCAUUGGUAAUUGUAAAGAAGACAGAGUCAAUUUGAAAAAAUUAAUUGCUGAGCUGAAUAAUGGCAUAGAUGUAGAUGGAGAAAAAUAUUAUCUCAAAUUUACCGUUACUUUAGACUGUAAGGCAUUACUAUAACUCCUGGCAAAGAAAGGUCAAGAAGAGUUUACUCUUGGGGRAAAAGGCUUAGAUGUAGAAUUUUGUGCAUUUUGUGAUGCAGUUAGUUACAUUGAUGACAUCCUAAACGAGGGUACUUUCAAGCGAGAUGAUGGAAUAAAACAGGAAGACGUUCCUAUUGCAGGAUUAUCAGCACACCAGGAAUAUCUGAUGAAAUGUCUUACAUAUUGGGAUGAAAAACAGCAAGAGGUUGCAGCCAAAUUUGCUGAUCUUCUGAAAUGUACAGCAGUAAAGCAGAAGCCUCCAAAAAAGAAGYGCAAAACUGCACCCAGAGUAGACCAGGAAGCUUUGGCUUUAUAUGCAGCUGAGCUAUUUAUUGAGUUUUUCAUCAAGRUAGGACUACAUAUACAAAUGAWGUACGGUACAUAA